UCUUCAGCCCUGCUGGCCUCAAGCACAUACACUGCCCUUCCUCUUAGGAGCAGCCAGCUCUGUGAGCCAGCAAGAUGUCGGCCCUCCAGGACCUGUUCCGGUACAUUGACGAGAACCAGGACCGCUACGUGAAGAAACUGAAGGAAUGGGUGGCCAUCCAGAGUGUGUCCGCGUGGCCCGAGAAGAGAGGAGAGAUCAAGAGAAUGAUGGAGGUGGCGGCCGCCGACAUCACCAAGCUUGGGGGCUCCGUGGAGCUGGUGGAUAUCGGGAUGCAGACGCUCCCUGACGGCUCCAAGAUACCCCUCCCCCCCGUCCUGCUGGGCAAGCUGGGUUCGGACCCCAAGAAGAAGACGGUGUGUGUCUACGGGCACUUGGACGUGCAGCCGGCAGCCCUGGAGGAUGGCUGGGACAGCGAGCCCUUCACGCUGACCGAGCGCGAUGGGAAGCUGUACGGGAGAGGCUCCACAGAUGACAAGGGCCCGGUGGCUGGCUGGAUGAAUGCGCUGGAAGCUUUCCAGAAAACAAGCCAGGAGGUCCCUGUCAACGUGCGCUUCUGCCUGGAGGGCAUGGAGGAGUCCGGCUCUGAGGGGCUGGACGAGCUCAUCUUCGCCCGGAAGGACACCUUCUUCAAGGAUGUAGACUACGUCUGCAUCUCCGACAACUACUGGCUGGGCAAGAAGAAGCCGUGCGUCACCUACGGCCUGCGGGGCAUCUGCUACUUCUUCAUGGAGGUGGAGUGCAGCAAUAAGGACCUGCACUCGGGUGUAUACGGGGGCUCCGUGCACGAGGCCAUGACCGACCUCAUCACGCUGAUGGGCUCCAUGGUGGACCGCAGGGGCAAGAUCCUCAUCCCGGGCAUCAACGAGGCGGUGGCCCCCGUGACAGACGAGGAGCUGGCGCUCUAUGACAACAUCGACUUUGACAUCAGCGAGUACUCCAGGGACGUGGGUGCCCAGACGCUCCUGCACAACUGCAAGAAAGACAUCCUGAUGCACCGUUGGCGGUACCCGUCGCUGUCCCUGCACGGCAUUGAAGGCGCCUUCUCCGGGGCCGGAGCCAAGACCGUCAUUCCCCGCAAAGUGGUGGGCAAGUUCUCUAUCCGCCUGGUGCCCAACAUGACACCAGAGGCCGUCAACGAGCAGGUGACCAACUACCUGACCAAGAAGUUUGCGGAGCUGCAGAGCCCCAACAAGUUCAAGGUGUCCAUGGGCCACGGCGGGAAGCCCUGGGUGUCGGACUUCAACCACCCCCACUACCUGGCUGGCAGGCAGGCACUGAGGACAGUGUUUGGCGUGGAGCCUGACCUGACCCGGGAGGGCGGCAGCAUCCCCGUGACCCUGACCUUCCAGGAGGCCACGGGCAAGAACGUCAUGCUGCUGCCUGUAGGCUCUGCCGACGACGGGGCCCACUCCCAGAACGAGAAGCUCAACAGACACAACUACAUCGAGGGGACAAAGAUGCUGGGCGCCUACCUGUACGAAGUGUCUCAGCUGAAGGACUGAGUGCCCAAGGCCAGGGUGUGAGCCCACCCCGCACCCCCCCACCCCCGACAGCACCACUCUGCCCCUGCCCCACACCCACCCCCAGCACCUACCUGCCUGCCGCACACUAGCCUGGGUGCGGCUGUUCCCGGAGUGCUCCCCCUGGCACCAGGGCUCACCGCCUGGUCCGGCCUCAGGUGCUCAGGACUCCAUGGCCAGCUCCAGAGGCCAGGGUCUUUCAGUAGGAAACUGGUGGUUUCUGGGUGGAGCUGACCUGGGCAUGGCACUCAGCCCCAUGAGGCCAGCCACCAGGGCCCUCCCUUGGCUGCAGAGCGACCUCCCCUUGACCCUGGCACCUUAGGCCUUUCCCAUGGACCUCACCCCUCACCUGUUCUGUCCACCUCCCCACUCAGAACAGCUGAACGCUGUCUGUCCUUCCAUCUCCCACCUGCUACUGAAUAAAGAGUGAACAUGC